GUGGUGGUGGACUCCGCCCGCCGCACACCCCUUUUCCCCACUCCCUCUCUCCGUCUGCGCGAGGUUGAUUGAUUCAUCCGCCGGAGAUCAGCAACCGCACUGCCGGAGGCGACGAUGCUGGCUUCGAUCUUCAGCCGGAAGGGCGCCUCGGGCUUCUCCUGGGCCUCCACCGCCGACCAGGUCACCCAAGGCCUCUCCGCCGCAGGUCUCACCGCCAUCGUCACCGGGGCGUCGAGCGGGAUCGGCGCCGAGACGGCGCGGGUCCUGGCGGCGCGCGGCGCCCACGUCGUCAUGGCCGCCAGGAACCUCGCCGCCGCCGACUCCGUGCGCCAGGCCGUGCUGGCGGACACCCCCGCGGCCACCCUCGACGUCAUGGAGCUCGACCUCUCCUCCAUGGCCUCCGUCCGCAAGUUCGCCGCCGACUUCAGCGCCAAGGGCCUCCCGCUCAACAUCCUCGUGAACAAUGCAGGAGUGAUGGCAAUUCCUUUCACCCUUUCGAAGGAUGGCAUAGAGAUGCAGUUUGCAACUAACCAUGUCGGACAUUUUCUCUUGACACAUCUUCUGCUGGAGAACAUGAAGAAGACCUCUCGUGAAUCAAACGUGGAAGGAAGAAUCGUCAAUGUUUCAUCAGAGGGCCACAGGGUUACAUACAAGGAAGGCAUCCGAUUUGACAAGAUAAAUGAUGAAGCAGAGUAUGGCACCAUUGGCGCGUAUGGGCAGUCAAAGCUUGCAAACAUUUUGCAUGCUAAUGAACUUGCUAGGAGAUUUAAGGAAGAGGGUGUUAACAUCACUGCAAAUUCUCUCCACCCUGGAUCUAUCAUCACAAACCUUCUUCGCUACCACAGUAUCAUAGACGUUCUCAGUCGGACGCUUGGUAAAUUGGUGCUGAAAAAUGCUAAUCAGGGGGCGGCAACCACGUGCUACGUCGCGCUGCACCCGGGCACGAAGGGUGUGUCGGGGAAGUAUUUCUGCGACAGCAACGUGUAUGAGGCGAGUGAGAAGGCCAAGGACGUGGAGCUGGCCAAGAAGCUCUGGGACUUGAGCGUCGAGCUCACCACCUGAAGAACGCUCCUCGUGUCCUGUGAGAGAUGAGAUGAUCGGAGGAAAAUGAUACAGUAUUGCAAUGUAGACACCUCACUGAAACUUUAUCGCAACGAUGGUGAAGCAGAGGGUUUGGUCUAUGAACUAUUAUACAGGUGGAGGAAACACACGCGCGGUCUCUGAAUUGCGCUGUGUUGCUG